UAGUAUAGUGCAUAGUGCAUAGUGAUUGCAUAGUGCACCUGACGUCGCGACUGUCACUGCGGGCGGGCAGGCUGGUCCCGUCCCGGCACCCCAAGACGGCGCGAUGAAAGGCGUCGAAGCGACACCAGAAGAACAGGAACGUUUAGCGACAGGAAACAACAAUGGCUCACUCGAUUGCAAACUACCACCAUCCAUACAGAAAGUUGGUCCGCGAUCAGCGUUCUACUCCACAAGGGUGUUUAUGCUGGUGUUCCUAUCGGGAUGGGUUCUUCAAGGCAUGUUCCUCACAUACUUCGUGAGCGUGACGACGACUGUCGAGAAGUUGUUCAAAGUCGGAUCGAAGACUACCGGAACUUUAUUGGCUGCGACGGAAAUCGGACAAAUCUGCACAGCGUUGUUCCUGACAUAUCUAGCUGGUCGAGGGCACAGGCCGAGAUGGAUAGCGUGCAUGAUGCUUGUGCUAGCUGUAGGAGUGAUCGGCUGCGUGGUGCCGCAUAUACUUUACGGGACUCAGUUGAUGGACGUGCAUUUAGACGCUCAUAGAGCUGGUGCCGCUCCCGUGUGCUCUACGGACGGGAAUUCCUCGUUAAUAACCUGUGACGCAGCGCAUGCUCAGAACACGGCGACACGGUCGUCGAUCACGGCUGUGGUGAUACCGUGGCUGUUUAUUUGCCUGUUGGUUGUCGGCGUGGGGCAGACCGGUAUCGCCACUCUCGGUAUACCGUAUGUCGACGACAACGUGGGCAGCCGACAAUCGCCAUUGUACAUGGCUAUCACUAUUGGGACCAGAGUUAUUGGACCAGCGCUAGGGUUCCUUCUCGGGGCCCUGUGCACGAGAGUUUACGUUGACCCGCUCGCUAACCCUGAGUACGAGUACAGUGAUCCAAGAUGGGUUGGCGCUUGGUGGCUUGGGAUGGUGUUUAUUGCGGGAUUCAUAGUGCUUCUUUCUAUAUUGAUGUUCUGCUUCCCGCGGCAGAUUAAAGAUACGCCACUUCCACUGCCGCCGAAGAUAAAAAAGGAGAAAAGCGAGCCGUUUUUCAAAGAUUUCUUCGCGACAAUCAAGAGGCAGCUCACGAACGACAUUCUUAUGUGGCGGACCGCUUCGUCCGUUCUGCACCUGAUGCCCAUCAGUGGUGUGUACUCGUACCUGCCCAAAUACCUCGAGCAACAGUUCCGGCUGCCCACGCACGAUGCCAACCUUGUCUCGGGUUUGGGUGGUAUUCUGGUGAUGGGGCUGGGCAUCAUCACAUCAGGCGUUGUGAUACUCAAGCUGGUGCCCACGGCGAGGCAAGUCUCCGCCUGGACUGCCGCUACUGCUGCUAUAUACAGUGUGGGUAUGGUGGUGCUAAUGUUCGUAAGUUGCCCCGAGGAGAGUUACCGCUCGCUCACUCCCGGCGCGUCUAACCUGUCGUGCAGUGACGCCUGCCACUGUGACGGAGCUCCGUAUUCACCCGUUUGCGGACAGGACGCCUUCACUUAUCAGUCGCCCUGCCAAGCUGGCUGCAUCAGCAGUAAGCAACUAGACAACAGCUCGUGGCUCUAUUACAACUGUUCCUGCAUCGACGUCGACCUUCGGGGAGAAAAGGCAAUUAAUACCAUAGAGCGGUUCGGUUUACACGACAAAGAGUACUACCCGUCAAUAGGCUUCGCGGUGACCGGCGAGUGUGGCGGCGGCGCGUGCAAACAAAUAUACGCGUUCAUUGCGAUAUUCGCGGCCAUCAUGUUCGUGCACGCCAGCGGUGAAGUGGGCGCUGUCCUUUUGAUCAUACGCUGUACGGAUAAACACGACAAAGCGAUGGCGAUGGGAGUGAUCCAGUUUGCGAUAGGAGUGUUCGGCAAUGUGCCGUGCCCCAUUAUUUUCGGCGCGGCAGUCGACGCGGCCUGCCGGUUGCGAGACCGGGCUUGCGGUUUACUGGGCGGUUGCGCUUCGUACGAUAGUGACAGUAUGAGGCACUUUUACCUCGGGUUAUCGGCCGGAUUAAUGUUCCUGGCGUUCAUAAUGGACAUGCUAGUAUGGAGCAAAGCUGGACGAAUAGAUAUGAAUCCCGCAGAUCGGGCUCCCGACGCGACUCCCCUACCCACUGCGCCGUCGGACACGCCUCUUUGACCGUCAUCACCGUCACCGCCGUCAUCACCGAAUUUACGGCAGCCGCGCAGAACUUUCUCGUACGAAUCCCAUCUUUAACUAUUUACAUUAUUGCACGACAGACGUAAAUGUUACGAAGCAGCAUUUAUGCCGAAUGAGUGUUGAUAGUUUUCGAUUAGUGUGCAAUAAAUCGUUCUAUGGUGCGAUUUUAACUGGAUUCACAUUUAAAUGCAACUGUUGAAUAUACUAUUAUUUAUCAUACAUUUGAUGAAUCGUUCAAUACAUGAGAUUUUAGCCGGGCUCACAUUUAAAUUAGGUCUUCUUGUCGUGACAUUCAUGUUGUGGAGCAUCAGAAGAGCGGUCAGCCAUAUUAAUUUGAUAUGCAUGUACAAGCCCCAUCAUAACAUAAAGACGUAUGCCAUGACAGUAAUGUGAAUCCGGCUUUAUUUAAAUGCCUUUUUUAUACUUGUUGAAUCCCAACAAAUUAUGGGUUCUCGACUUUUGAUAUCGAUUUUCUUAAUGGAGAAAAAUAGGC